AUGCCAGCCUUUCUCUCCCCGUCGCAGCGUGCGUCGCAGCAGGCAGCCGCGUCCCUAUUGGUGGACGAGGGUGAGACGCCGUAUCACAACUCUCAACCCAUAGCGCGUUUCCCUCUCGACGACAAUGACGAAGUGUUUGUCCCCGUGCGGCGAGUACAGCACGCAGCUGAGCUGGGUGCUGCCUGCUCUCCGCUUUCGCCCGCUGCGGAGGAGUGCUCUUCCAAUGAAACCGAGAAGGAUGCAGCCUGGACGGAGGUGCUGCAAAGCAGCCGAUCGUCGCAGCUGGACAACCACUCCGGCACACACGUCUUCUAUCCCAACCGGCACUGCAGCGCUCGCCUGAGAAGCGGAAGUGGGACUGACGGCGGCGGCCUGCAAUACUCACGUGCGCCGCGUGCGCGUUCUACUUCCACUGUCGAUCAGCGGCAGAUCGACCGUCUGGCGAUACCGAGAGGUGUGCAUGGCACCGUGAUGAGGCCCGCAGUGCCAAACUACGGACGCCUGCUGAACAUGACAGAAGAAGAGGAGCGAGACAGACUGCGAGAGCAGCAGAGGUACCACAAGUCGCUGCGCACUGUAAAGUUCUCGAUGGCUCCUUGUGUAGAACGGGCCCAACCGGCGAGGGCGCAACCUCCGCCUUCUUGCCCAGAGAGCAAGUACCACACUGCGCCGGCUACUGCUGCCAGUUCAGAGGCGCAGAAGGCGUACUACGAGAAACUCACUGCACCAAAAAAAGCUCCCCCUUUACCGGCUGCCGAUAGUGGCGCACCGCUGUGUCGCACCCCCUUGGCCGAGAUCGCACCAAGCAGAGACAUCAACAGCACUUUGGACCGCUUAGCCAUGCCAAAGAAGACGGUCACCUCCCGAUCCGAGGAGGCCACGGCGCCGCCACAGCGGGGGACUCUUUCUCACUCAUCGAAUGCACGUGCUCCUACGCAGUUGCACCUGCAACGUCUUUCGCAUCCGAAGCAACAGACUGCCUCGUCUCACCACAACUCCCACGUAUCUGUAGAGUACAACUCGUACAUCUCGCGGAAACGCUACUACGGCGGUACCACUGUUAUAUCAGCCACACCUGACAUGCCCAGCUCUACUGGACUGCAGCCGUCGCCAUCCCACGUCAACAGACGACACAGUGGUCGCGUGCCAAGCGCGUCAUGGAAUGCGGUGGCCAGUCGCGUUGAGCGGCGCGGAUCGUCAACGAGAACUUCCAGCUCCAUGGCCUCGGCACCAUGCGCCGUAUGUGGGACUGCAACCCCACAGCAGGCAUACAGGGUGUUGUCACAACCUAUCCCCCUCACUGCGGCGGCAUCGCACAGGGUAACAGUUGAGCAGGCAGCGGUGUUACUGCCCCAGUCUCAUCCCCCAGCUCCUGCCGAUAGUGAAAAUGGUUCGACGCGGGUACAGUCGACUCCAGCAAAGUGUAGGGGCUCGAAGCCGCCGAUCUUGGUGCACACUCGUCGGUACGUGCCGCCUUUGGAGGAACAGGAUGCCGAAGCUGCCGACCAGUUGGCGUCCCGCACGGCAAAGCAGGAGAGCCCCGAAGCCCCCGCGCCGGCGCCGGUUGAGGCGGUGCGACGGCGUUCUGCAACGUUGACUGUGUCAGCUGAAAUGGCAAAGACGCCUGCAUUGGAGAAGGAGCAGCAAGAAGGAUCCAACACCACUUCAGUGGAGACGCCGGGACGCGCCCCGCUCGCUCCUGUCGUAGUGCAGGCUGCCAAGCGAGCGUCGCCGCCACCGUCAGCGGUGCUGGCCGAAGUAACUGCGCCGCAAGCAGUGGUGCAAGCAACCAAGCAAGUCUCUUCUAGGCCUGCUGCCCCUGCACUCAGUCGAGCACCACAGGGACCGCUCGCCUUGGAGACCCCCAAGAGACAGACCCCUGCUCCAUGCCCGACCUCAGUAGCACCACGUCAUCCUGUGCAGAGAGUAUUUACAGACACCCACCCUUCUUUGACUUCGGCUUCAUCUCCUGUUCCAGCGUCAGACAAGGUGGUUACUGCGCCACCACCAUCGGUGGCCACACCAGAAAAAUGCGACACAGUCAUCGCUGCCUCUGCUUUCACGAUCGAGGAGGUGUACGCCAUUCCGCCGUCGCCUUGCAACGGCAAGGCGGGCUCUCGCAAGAUCACGCACAGGAAGCCGCACAGAGUCAAGCCGGAGGUCCUUCAGGACGCCGACUUUGCGUUCCAACUGGAGGGGGUCUUACCUGAGCUGCACCCCUCUGUCCCUAUCGUGAAGAAACCAAAGAGAGUUACAAAGAUGACGGCGCUGAGGGCACCGCCGUCAAGGGAACAUUAA